AUGUCAUUAUGUGGUUUCGAGCUCUUUUACAUCCGCUGAAGUCGUCCGCGCGUAUCUAUGCAUGCAUGUGAACUACGCUCCUGCAUUAUAUUUUAAAGAAACUUAAGCAAUUGCUCAAUGAAAACUUUUUAUAAACAAUUUAUUUCUCUUUCUUCUGCUCUCUUAUCGAAUACACGUCGCUCACAAUGUUGUAACCUAUGCUAAUAGUUACGACUGAUUAAUUAUGCAGUUAAUCGGUUGUUUUUUUCUUUUAACACAGUCGUUCGUUUCUAUUAUUCAAGGCGACUCGUUGUCUCCGACGAUUCUUAUUUUCAAGGCGAUUUCGAAUUAGUAUUCGUUUUAUCGUCUGCAAAUGAAGUUUCCAAUUUCGAUAAUGCGGCAGGGUCGCAAUUCACGACAUCAUUUUGCGAAACCGAUCUGUGCGCCGGUCACCUCGUGCGCUCAUGAUGCCGUGUUAUUCGCGCGAUACUAAAGCGGACUGCGCCUGUUUUGAUUACACAAACGCCGACAGAUUCAUAUCUCUCUUUCUCUCUCUUUGCCUCUCUCUUCCCGCUGACAUCAGCUCGCAGCGACGGCAAGGUCUCGCUUGAUAUCCAACCUGAAUGUCCCAACCAUUAGCUUGGUAGGAUGCUUCGACACGAAACUCUCGGUCUCUCUCGAUCUCCCACUUCCUCCCCCAGCCACCCUCUUUCUCAUAUCUUUCGCUGCGAUACGGUGGCACACACGACGUGGUAUUCUUAACAGAUAUUCGUCGGCGAGAGACGCCGCUUAAUGUUUAUGGGCUGAGGAUAAUGGAGUCUCCCCGGUGAGCCCGGUGUCCGAACGGAUGAGAAACGUUCCGGAGCCGCGGCCCGGGGACACCCCGCCGAUCACGGCCAUGGUCUCGAAUAUCUGUACGUCUGAACGAACAGUAACGCCCACCAAAUUAUAUUCAGCACGCACGCGUCAUCUCCCUCUCUCUCUCCCCCCCAGUCUGCCUUCCCGUCAAUUCGAGAUAAACUAAAUGGAUUAUGCACAUAGUGAUGUCGCAGUGCAACAGUCCCUUUCUUUCUUCCUUUCUUUAUCCCCCCCCUCUCUCUUUCUCUCUAAAUUGCCCGCUGACUAUCUUGUUUUCUUUCACAGCUAUUGAUUUUUAAUUAAUCAGUAAGAGGGAGGAGGAAUUCUGCUCUCUUAGGAGGGAUCUCGCAUUUGGCGGGUUAUCGAUCCGCAGGAUCUGAGCUGCAGACGGAACAGCUCGCAUUUAAAUACGGCGCGACCGGGGUAUUCCGAGUUAACGCUUAUGUGGAUCGGUCUAUAACGUCUAUAGCGAUAACUGAAAUUUUUCAUAACGCAUUUGUCGCGAAGUCGAGACUCGACGCAAACAGCGAAAUAUCACUAUCUCGCGCAGCUCAGCUUUCUUGAGACCUUUACGUAAUACGUAAUGGUUUCUUGUUUGACGACGCGAGCGUCCUUAACGUAACAUCGUCAACGUAAUAUCUCAUGCAUUUUCCUUUUUUUCUUUUUUUUUUCGGCGGAAACCGCAUACGCUUCUCUGCAUUCGCUCGCGCUGCCGAUGGGCAGCGGCGAACGCGGCAUUGGACGGUGGACACAAUGACGACGACCAUCACAAUAUUUUUACUCGACCGCGGUCUCUUUCGUGCGGUAAGCAUGUGACAAGCGUGACGAAACGUUCAUAGAAACGAGAAAUGGACGGACGGAAGUGGUUGCUGCAACAGCCUCGUGACGACGACGACGACGACGACGACGACUGCAGCGACGAAGCUUGGAGACGCACAUGAGUUACCAUCAUCCUCGCGUCUCUUCUGAGCUUAUUCGGCCCAGCGCACACCUGCAUUCGUACCGGGGUGAAUGCUCGCGCAUAUACCAAGAGGAACAUGGCAGGUUGAGAAGGGUGCGCGGGGAAUCCACUCGAGAAAACGCAGAGCUCCGUGCACCGGCAAAAAAUGCAUACGUCGUCGCGCUCGAGAAAGGAAGAUACAGACCGAGAGAAAGAAAGAAAGAAAGAAAGAGAGAAGAGAGAAGCAAAAAAUCAGCACAAAACAUCGGAAGAUUCGUAUUCAAAACGCGGAGAACGUCCACGCUGCGAGACGUCGCGCGUCAAUUAACGAACGCGAAGGGCUCUCGAGGGUGCGACAGAACAAUCGUGCCGAUCGCGGUGGUCGAUUAGGGGACUCUCGAGACGGGGAUUCAGGUCGCGGAGGAUUCCAGGCCACUUCAACAUCACGCCAACUCGUCCAUGCUGUUCAGGCCCGUUUCGGGCCGGUUGACUUCGGCCGCAGCAGAGUAAACACAGCCCGGAUGCGAUGCCUUUGGAACGCUGCUACUCGAGACAUUCCCGUCAAAGACCGGCAUCCCUCACCCCGGUCGAAUACCAAUUAGCCGCUGCUGCAGGUUGCGGCAGGUUGAAGCAGGUUGACCGUGCUAACGAGCGCGAUGCCCCCUUUAACGUUCUUUAAUUCUCAUUCGUUGUUCGGACCACCUACCACGCGGACACGCCGAGCCGAGCGUGAAACCGCACGCUAACAUCCGCUCGGGUCUCUGCCCAUGUUGGGUCUACUGUGAUUCGUUAUCUCUCACAGUCGUUCAGGGUUCAGAAAUGGGCGAUCACUCGCGCGUGAAAGAGCGGAGCGGGUCAAGGCGGCUAAUCUCGCGCGCACGUCAUUAUCAUCCACAUUAUCAGUCACCGAAGUCAUCGACCGAGGAAACGUGCCUCGCGCGCGUUUUCCGCCUCGCAUCCCGAUGAACCAGACGGUUUCAUGCCGAGCAGAGAAGCGCGCGCCUCUAAAGCGUGCGCGCGGCAUACAUCGCGUCACUUCUCGUCGCACCGCGAGAUAAAAAAAGGAGACUACCCUCACACACAGGAGACGAAGGGGUGAUAUAUGCGGGCAUUAGUUAUACACGAGAUGUAUGAGGUUUUGUGGCGUCACUCCGCUGCUGUCAGAUUCCGGCGCGGUGCUCCUCUACCCGACAUAAUCGGGACGACCCAUAUUUCCCCGCCGCAAUGCGUCAAGCCCAGCCCCUCCUCCCCCUCUGUGUGAUUCCCCGUUUCGUACCUUCAUUUUUCACUCCCGCACUCCGUGAUCUCCCUCGUCCAAAUUCACCUUCCAUGUCGUCGCGAGCGUCUCUCCGCCCGUGCCGUCGUCUCUCUCACCCUCUCGCCCGUCGCACGACCCAUCGGCGUCGCGACGAUUGUACAUCGCUUCCGGUAAGAUUCUCCUCGCAGGAUACCCGAGGAGACCCGAUCGAGACGAAUCGAUUCGCGAGAUGCCGCCUGCACGGCGAACGGCAGUCAAAGCGUCGUAGUAAAUAUUGGCCGAGCAUUUUCUAUCUAUCCCCGAAUGCUCCCCGAGCGCUCCUACUUUGAUAAGAGAGCCGUUGCGUGAAGUGAUGGAACUGAAAUUGCCGGCCACCCGUUCAAUUUCCCGCGUGGAGGAAGGAAAAAUCAAAAGAAAAGUUUCAAAUUUUCAGUUUAGGCUCCGAGGAAAUUCCCUCAUGUUUUGAAGCUCCGGGCGCGAGCCUCGGAAAUUUAAUUAAACAAAUCGUUGCCAUUAGACACCAUUAUUAUCGUAUUCUCGGCAUCAGCAGUGCUGCAACCCCAUCAAUAACGUGAAUGCAUGUAGACGUUAUAAUCAGAACCGCUGGUACCUUUUCCCUGUAAAAGUGUAUCGGAUUAUGCUGGGGAGGAGGAGGCUAUUCUGAUGAAGAUCGUCAAUAUCGAUUUUUCGUUAGAGAAUGAAAAAUGCGGGCGUUGCUUCGUAAAAUAUGUGCGCUUUAUCUUACGCGUCGGGAAAUGUAUGCGUCACGACAUUUACGGAGACGACAGCGCUAUUGAACGACCAUAAAACGUUUGUUUGUUCGGCAAGUUUACACAGCUUUCGUAGUCAACGGCAGCCGUCGGUCGACCGACUGUCACUGAAUGAAAUGCUAACGAUGAUGGAUGACCAAGAAAGAUCUCUUUCUUCCGUUUGAUCCGUAGGGAAAGAGGGACGUCGGUAAUUUGUACGCCCGGCAGUCAAGUUAUCAGGAAGCUGCGCCUUCUCGGAUUGCACUUAAAAUAUACCAUAAUUAAAUCGUGAUUCGUUAUAACUUUGACAUCUAAGUCCACUGUGUUACGCAAAGAUGUAAUCACUGUCAUUAUAUAAUCACCAUGAUUAGUGCAUGCGUGCGUGCGACGAGGCAUUUAUGCGAACGGAAAUUGUAGGAUGCGUUGAUUUAUCUCCUCGAGACGCUUCCGUUUCUCGUGUCGCAAUCUGACGUUCUUAACCAUUUAAAUAUUUUUGAUAACGUAAGAUUCAUAUUAAUUUAAUAUAUAGGCUACCGUAAUGUAAUAUCGCAAUUAAAUCUGCAAUAUUUUUAAUGCCCUUUUUUCUGGACAGAAAUGAGAGAUAUAAUUUUCGAAAUGAAUUGAAACAUUCAUGCUAGAGUUACUAACACAUCUAUUCCGAUAUAGACAACAAUUAAAAUUUGAAACAAAAGAUGUCUUUUGUUUGUAAUUUUAUAGGUGAAGGGCAGGUAUUCUCUUGUCUCGAGUUACACCUUGUACACGUGUGCGUGCUCUUGACUCUGACACCUUUACGAAUGUGCGAUUUUGUCAGCAACUAUGUGCACUUGAAAGAGUGCAGACAGUUUAAUAGAAUCAUUAGUAUUUAAUUGUCACAAAGAGUAAUUGUGCAACACAAAUGGCACUAGAAGAACUUAUGAGACAUCAAUGAUAAGAACUAGGUCAGCAAAAAUAGAUAUUCAUGAGCUCGGUAUAUAAAAAUGCUGUCGCUGCCUCGAAAUAACAGAAGUUGAAUCGAGUUGUAACCAAAUCCAAAAAUGCGCUCUGUAUUGCUGUAUCUCCUCGUUAUUACCGCGACUUACGUCGUCAAAGAAGCUAAUUCCACGCCAGGAAUCUUCUCGUUUCUCGAAAACUGUCCGCUACUACAACACUUUUGCCCGAAAGAAUGUUGCUGCGACCCGGACUGUACUACAUGUAGCUUUAAAUGCUGCUUCUUUACUACAUCAACAUCGACAACAUCGACUACAUCUACAACCACUACUACUACGACCACUACUCCUGCACCGACAACCACCACUACAACAACCACUACAACUACCACUCCUGCUCCUGCUCCUGCUCCUGCUCCUUUCCGCGCCAGAAGAAAGCGCCGGAUUAUUACAAAUUAUGACAAUAGUUUGUCAUCGAACGUCGCAACACGCAACGUGACAGGGGAGGUUUAAUAUGUAUAAGAAAUUCGAAUUUAAAAUAGAUAUAUCUAAAUGUAUGUAAGAUAAUAAAUAUGUAAAGUGAUAGAUACAUAUAAAUACACGAGAAAUAAAUAUGUAAAGACGCGUCACGUAAUACGUAAAGUGAAUCGCAGAUUGCAGCUGGAAUAAAUUUAUGAAAACGUAGCACAUCGUUAUUCUCCUCAAGCGGAACCUAUAUUGUUCCCGAACCGAUUUCACGACUAAAAUGAAAGCGAUCUCGAGCGGCCAGAAGAAACGAGGGCUACCCGCUCAGACAGGGUUCAACGGGGUAAUAUACCCCAAGGUAUACUCGAACUCGCCUUUAUCGCAUUAAAAGCGACGGCUGCCGUCUGGACAGACGUACGAGACACCCCGUAUCCCUCACCCGUACCCUUUCACUCUCCUCCCCCUUCCGUAUCCCCGUGGCUCGCAUUCGGCGUGCCCGGUCUCACGGACACGUCAUGGGCCCAUCGUGUUUCGGAUCAAACCGAAACGUCUUACGUAUCUUGGACGCGAACGAUAUGAUCCUCUUAAUGUGUCCCGGGGCUCACCAGAGUAUUAUAUAUAUAUAUAUAUAUAU